UAUAAACCAUAACCACGAGCAGGGGGCGGCGGUCGCACUUCCUCCUUCCCAACUCAUACAUCGCCCCAUCUCCCUCUCUCCCUCCCACGCAAAACCAGAAGACGACGACGACGACGUUUAAAGAGAGCCCUCGACUUUCCUCUCCUUCCAACUCCUGAAUAUCUCAACUGCGUUCCAUUCAUUCAUGGCGACCUCCCCUUUCCGUCCUGUUCCUCAUCCCUCUUCCUCCCCUCCUCCUCCGCCACCCGACCCCUCCUCCGACGCCGACCUCCUUCGCCACCUCCUCUCCCUCUCCCUCGACGUAUCCUCCUCCCAGCAGCCGUCCUUCUCCUCGUCGUCCCCUCUCCGCAUCAAUCCCAACUUGUCCUCCGUCCCCCGCAACGUCAAGCAGCUCUCCUUCCUCUUCGAGGAGCUCCUGCUCGCCGUCCAAGACGAGGACGACGACCACGACCUUGCGCUGCCACGCACGGCUUCGCUCUGCUUCCGCGAGAUCCUUCUUGUUCUCCACCGGCUUAAGGUUCUCUUCGACGACCAUGACUGCCGCAGCCGCGCCUUCGUCCUCUUCCGGGCCGAGCGCAUCGCCGCCGAGAUCCACGAGCAGGUCGUCGACCUGGCCACAUUCCUUGACAUCCUCCCGCUGGCGGAGCUUCGGGUUCCCGAGGACGUGAGGGACCUCCUCCGCCUCCUCCGUCGCCAGCUCCGCCGUACCUCGCCAGCCGUCGACCACGCCGCCCUAUCCCUCCGACGAGAUGUUCUCGAGCUCGUCGCAGGCGUCGAGAGCGGAACGGUACCCGAUCGGGGCGCGCUGCGGGGGAUCUUCCGGCGGCUUAGCCUCGACGGUGCGCGGAGCUGCCGCCACGAGAUCGAACGCGUCGAGCGCGACAUCGCCGACCGCGUGGUAGACGACAGGUGGGUGCCGGGGAUGGUGGCUUUAGCUUCGAUUCUCCGCUAUGCUAAGUGCGUCCUCUUCGGCGCGUCGACUCCCAGAUCGGACUCUUCCAUCGGCGCCGGUGGCCACAAGUCGCCCUUCUCCGAGGCGGAGGACCUCGCAGUGCCGGCAGACUUCCGGUGCCCGAUAUCGCUGGACCUGAUGCGGGACCCGGUAGUGGUGGCUACCGGGCAGACAUACGACCGAGAGUCCAUCGACCGGUGGAUCGGCUCCGGCCACGCUACCUGCCCCAAGUCCGGCCAGGCCCUUCCCUACCUCGAGCUCCUGCCCAACCGCGCCCUCAAAAACCUCAUCGCCCGCUGGUGCCGCGACAACAACCUUCCCUACGACGUAGCUGACACCAUCACCAGCACCAGCGACAGGCAGGAUGAUGCCGAUGGCGUCACCGCCGGGACCAACAAAGCAGCGCUCGAGGCGGCAAGGAUGACGGCGUCCUUCCUCGUGGAGGAGCUCGCGACAGCACCUUCGACGGAGGCCGCACACCGGCUCGUCCACGAGCUGCGGCUACUGGCCAAGCACGGGUCCGACAACCGCGCCUUAGUGGCGGAGGCCGGCGCAAUCCCCCUGCUCCUCCCGCUGCUCCGGUCAGCCGACGCUGGGCUACAGGUCAACGCCGUGACCGCGCUGCUCAAUCUGUCGAUCUUGGAGGCCAACAAACGGCGUAUCAUGCACGCGGACGGCGCCGUCGACGGCGUCGUCCACGUCCUGGCAGAGGGCACCACGUGGCGAGCAAAGGAGAACGCCGCCGCCACCGUGCUCAGUCUCUGCUCCGUCCACUCCUACCGUCGGCGGCUCGCGCGGCACCCCCGCAUGGUGGAGGUGCUGGUGCAGAUGGCGCGCGAUGGCCCCUCCAGCGCGAAGAAGGACGCCAUGGCCGCCAUCCUGAGCCUUGCCGGGGACCGAGAGAAUACCGGGCGCCUGGUGGAGGGCGGGGUAGUGGCAGCAGCGCUGGAGACCGCGGUUGAACCCGAGGUCGCGGAGGAGGCGUCAGCGGUGCUGGCGGCAGUGGCGAGGAGGGGCGGGGCGGAAGCCGUGGCGGAGGCGGAGGGGGCGGUGGCCCGGUUGGUCGGGGUGCUUCGGCGGGGUUCGGACUGGGCGAGGGAGAGCGCGGCGGCGGCGCUGGUGGCGGUGUGCCGACGAACGGGGGCGUCGAUAGUGGCAGAGCUGGCGGCGGUGCCGGGGAUCGAGUGGGUGAUCUGGGAACUGAUGGGGGCGGGGACGGAACGGGCGAGGCGGAAGGCGGCGGCGCUGAGUCGAAUCUGCCGGCGGUGGGCGGCUGCAGUCGAGGCGGAACGCACGGCCAGGUUCUCUGCUAUGAGCGUCACAGCGGCCUCCACUACGGUCGCAUAAUGAUUCAAAGGUCAACGAUGACAACUCGAGGUGUACAGGCAACAGGAUCCGUUAGAUUUGGUGUAGCUGCUCAGGAUCGGACGGAUGCGAUUCUUUCUCGUAAACUGUUCAUAACCGAGUGAUUCUUUCCCUAAUUUUCGAUUUUUGAGUUUUUUUUUUUCUUCAAAACCAUCUUUAUAGAAUCAGUGUAUGGCGCAGAUAUGAUUCGAAUAGCAGACUCCUUCCUCCAUAAAUAA